AUCUCAGUUCAGUCCCGCCACGCCUACAUCUACCGCUUUCACCAAUCGUGUUUAAUCCCGCCAUAUCCCAUCUAUCGUCUUCACCACCCCAAUUCGGUCCCGCCACGCCCCCAUUUACCGCCUUCACCACCUCAGUGCCGUUCUGCCACGCCUACAUCUACCGUAUCCCCACCCAAGUUCCGUCCCGCCACGCCCACUUCUACCGCCUUCACCUUUGAGUUCAGUCCCACCAUACCCAAUACCCCGUCUUCACCACCCCAGUUCUCUCUGAUAAGGUAGGGGAUCUGACGUAGGUAAUAUGUACAGGCAUAUAUAGUCCCGAUACACCAUCUCACUUCACAUACCCGAGGCCCCCCAUCAGGCAGGAGUAUGGCGUUGCCGUGUGUGUACAGGGGGAGUCUACCUGUGUCUGGUCGGUGUCUACCUGUGUCUGGGUGGUGUCUACCUGUGUCUGGUCGGUGUCUACUUGUGAUGUUCUUUCUGUUCUGCCAGGUGUGGCAUGGACAGGGUCACGUGACAUACAUUGCGGCAAGACUUCCUCUGCAGGGUCAACGGGCAAGGCCUGGUAGUCCAUGGCCGGAACCUGCGCACAGUACUCAAACUGGUCAUAUAUGGGCAUUGGAUCCAGCCUCGUUUUCAUUUUCCACCAACAUUAAGAGCUGCGACAUUUUGGGACAGGCGUUUCAGCGAUACCGGAAGUUAAGUUUCUUUGACCGGAAAUCAAGUAAGCCUACAACAAAUGUCCUUGAGGGUCUGACGGUGAAUGUCAAGGACGCGGCCUGUGACGGAUACCCCAGUUUCGAGAUGGAUGAGUCUUAUACCCUCAACGUGACGUCUUCGGCUGUCAUGGAAACACAGUCCGUUUGGGGAGCUCUGAGAGGUCUGGAGACAUUCAGUCAGCUCAUCUUCCUGGAUGCAGACCAGCACAAGAUCCGCGAGACCUACAUCGAGGACAGGCCCAGGUUCCAGCACCGAGGCAGCAUGGUUGACACUGCCCGUCACUACAUCCCCGUGCCCCUCCUGCUGAAGCACCUGGACGCCAUGGCCUACAACAAGCUGAACGUGUUCCACUGGCACAUCGUGGACGACCAGAGCUUCCCCUACGUCAGCACCAGGUUCCCGGAACUGUCCCAGAAGGGGGCUUAUUCCAGUAAACAUCUUUACACCCAAGACAACAUUACAGCCAUAAUCGAAUAUGCGCGCAUGCGUGGUAUACGUGUGAUUCCGGAAUUUGACACACCUGGGCAUGCGCAGGGUUGGGGCAGAGCUCUGAAGUAUCUGCUGACCACUUGCUGGGCGGACGGAGAACCAGCGAGAGCCAAUUAUUCCGAUCACGCCGAAUAUGAGAACCUAGACCCUACCCAGAAUGCAACCUACGACUUCCUGUCGGAAUUCUUCUCAGAGGUGAAGGACGUUUUCAAGGACGAGUUCCUCCACAUGGGGAUGGACGAGGCUCAUUAUAUGUGCUGGAUGUCCAGCCCGAAUAUCUCUGACUUCAUGUCUCAGAUGGGUUAUAAGCCAGGGGAGUUCUACAGACUGGAGCAGUACUUCAAUGUCAGGCUUCUUGACAUCAUUUCCGGAAUGCGCAAACGGUAUCUGGUGUGGCAGGACCCAAUAGACAAUGGCGGGAAGGUGGCCCUGAACGCUCUGGUGCAGGUCUGGAAAGACACAAAACAGUGGCCUGCUAAAUUCGAGGACUGGCGGAAGUACAUGAGACAUGUGACAGAACAAGGUUAUGACGUCAUCUUCUCCUCGUGCUGGUAUCUCAACGUCAUCAGUUACGGCGAGGACUGGGUAGACUACUACAAGUGCGACCCGCUGGACUUCAACGGCACCGACACACAGCGGCGUCACGUGGUUGGGGGAGAGGCGUGUCUGUGGGCGGAGUAUGUGGACGGCACCAACUUCCUCUCCAGAUACUGGCCACGUGCGUCAGCUGUGGCGGAGCGUCUGUGGAGUCCGGAGUCCGUGACGGACGUCAACACCGCCAGGUUCAGGAUUGACCAGCAGAGGUGUCGCAUGGUCAGACGUGGUAUUCCUGCACAGCCCAUUCUCCCCGGUUACUGCGGAGACUACGACAUCGGAUUUCAGCCGGAACUGGAACCAGCGCAACAGACCCAUAAUACAGCCUGCACCGGAAGUUCUGCGGUCGCCAUCUUGAAUAUAUAUUUAUUCCUCGCGUCAGUUCUCAUAUCAGCACAUUUUGCUGCCAGCAACUGUAUAUUUUAUCAACGAUAAUCUUUUUCUUUUUAAUUAUAAAUAUAGCAUUAGAAGGCACAGUGUACCCAUAAUGCACUCUGUUGGCAUCCCAUGUGUUGUGAUGAACGCUGUGGACGUCCCCGACCAACCAUAUUUAUAUUUUCAUAAAUUAAUGUGAACUUCAA